AUGGCGUGGAGUCCCGCCGACCUCCGGCUGCAAACAGCCUGCAGCCUUUACAGCCGACAGUCCGCCGAGUGCAUCGGGCUAAACUAUGCACUACGGCGUGUCCGCGAUGCCUUCAAGGCCAACAGAAAUGUAGAGGAUCCAAAGGCUGUGGAGAGACUGAUGGAGGAGGGAUGGCAGACUCUGGCCCUGAUACAGAGACAGGUGUGA